GGAACAAAAGAAGUUGAAGGUGAAGAGGAGUCUGGUCUAAUUCCGCCUGCAGAAGUGUUUGCUCCUAAAAGUUUGGUGUUGGUGUCCAGACUGGAUUAUCCAGAAAUUUUCAGGGCUUGCCUUGGCCUGAUCUACACCGUCUACGUGGACAGCCUGAACGUGUCCCUGGAGACUCUCAUUGCAAACCUCUGCUCGUGCCUUGUCCCUGCCUCCGGAGGCUCCCAGAAGUUGUUUUCUCUGGGGGCUGGAGAUCGCCAGCUGAUACAGACUCCCCUGCACGACAGCCUUCCCGUCACAGGCACCAGUGUGGCUCUCCUCUUUCAGCAGCUGGGAAUUCAGAAUGUGCUCAGCUUAUUCUGUGCCGUGCUUACAGAAAAUAAGGUUCUCUUCCACUCAGCAAGUUUCCAGAGGCUCAGUGAUGCCUGUAGGGCUCUGGAGUCUCUGAUGUUUCCCCUCAAAUACAGUUAUCCCUAUAUUCCAAUCCUUCCUGCACAGCUGUUGGAAGUGCUCAGCUCCCCCACACCUUUCAUCAUUGGUGUCCAUUCUGUCUUUCGCAAUGACAUUCAUGAGCUUUUAGACGUAAUCAUAGCAGACCUGGAUGGAGGAACGAUUAAAAUUCCCGAGUGCAUUCACCUGUCUCAGCUGCCAGAGCCACUGCUGCAUCAGACUCAAAUGGCACUUUCUCUAGUUUUGCAUCCUGAUUUGGAAACAGCAGAUUAUGCAUUCCCUCCCCCACGAACAGCAUUGUCACACUCCAAAAUGCUGGACAAAGAAGUGCGAGCAAUCUUCCUCAGGCUGUUUGCACAGCUUUUCCAAGGAUACCGGUCCUGUCUUCAGCUGAUCAGGAUUCAUGCUGAGCCAGUAAUUCAUUUCCAUAAGGCUGCCUUCCUGGGCCAGCGGGGCUUGGUGGAGAACGACUUCCUGAGCAAGGUGCUCAACGGGAUGGCGUUCGCCGGCUUCGUGUCGGAGCGCGGCCCUCCCUUCAGGGCCUGCGACCUCUUCGACGAGUUGGUAGCCUUUGAAGUUGAAAGAAUUAAAGCUGAGGAGGGUAACCCACCAAAAAUGAUAAAGCAUGUCAGAGAACUUGCAGAACAGCUCUUCAAAAAUGAGAACCCCAACCCGCACAUGGCGUUCCAGAAGGUGCCGCGGCCC